GAUAUCAAAUUGAAUUGUGCUUGAGGAAGUAACGAUUUUCUCGUGCGUCCAUUUCUUAUUCGACUUCAUAGUUUAUUCAUCUUAGUUUUGAAAGAAAAACGCUGCAAGACAUGAAGAGGCACAUUGCAAGAAUUUCUAAAAUGGAUUCGGAUAGUGUGACCUUCAAAUGGACCAUCAGCCAUUUUUCUGUUGAGAACCUGCUAGAAGGAGUCUUGAAAAGCCCCGGAUUCAAAAGUUUCGGCCGAGACUUUCAUCUGCAGGUAUCUCGCAAUUCAAGGGAGAUCCACCUGCGACUGAAUCAUAGUUAUUCUGAUAAUCCUCCUUUGAUUUCCGAGUGCAGUAUUGGGUUCUAUUUGGCGCCUCCUUCGAUAAGGUGGAACAGUAAAACAUUCAACGUACCAAUUAAACUGGCCGACAUUUCUUUUACCCUCUCUGUCGAAACAUUGAAGAAAGAAUGUCUUGCUGACGAAGUAUUGAGGGUUGGCUGCUAUCUCACGAUCACCAAGUUGAAGCACAUUCUGGCAACUAAUCCUGUGGCGCCAACUGCUGGGAACGAAAUAACAUUUUCAAAGCAAGGGCAUAAAACACUGGCUGAAAAUUUAGGAAAUAUUUUGGAGGAUUUACAUUUUUCCGACGUGACUUUGAAAGUUGAAGAAGAAACAUUUCAGGCCCACAAAGCAAUUCUUGCGAGCCGUUCCAAAGUGUUCGAUGGGAUGUUCAAAAGUAGCAUGAAAGAAAGCCAGGAAACCGUGGUGGAAAUUGCCGAAAUGAAGCCACCCAUCAUCAGGGAAAUGUUGCAGUAUAUCUAUGCUGGAACCAUUGGGAACUUGUCUAUGGAUGCGGCAAUCGACCUUUACGUGGGAUCAGAUAGAUAUGACUUGCAAGAGUUGAAGGGAUGGUGCAAAGAAUUUAUUCUGGAACACAUAUCGUCAGAUGACGUAUGCAGGGUAGCGGUGAUUGCAGAUCUGCACUCUGAUGAGGAACUUGCUAAGGCUUCAAGACGUGUUUUCAAGGAGGACCCAAAGACGAUAAUUGAGUCUGAGACCUGGAGAGAUUUUGGAAAGGAUAAUCCCUCUUUGCAGACUGAUUUAUUGGAAAGCGCAUUAAUAAAUGACGAUUAGGUUGAAAACUUAACUUUUCUUUUUGUGGUAUCAGACUUUUAUCAUUUCUUCCGUUCAGUUAUAAUUUGUAUGACUGACAUUUCAAAAUCUUCACUGUGAGUUUUAUGAAUGUGAUGAGCCGCUAGGAAAGCUUUAAAGUUCAGUUCAAACACAAAUUGUAUUUAAUAAAAC